AUGCCUGGUGAAAUUCAAUUCAAUAAAAAUUCUCUUUUUAAUUGUGCUUGCAAAGAAACAAAUAUUUGUAAAACGAUUUAUAGCGAGGAUAAUAAAAUCAUUCCAUUUUAUGGAGGAGCUGAAUGUGGACAAUUUAUUCUUUUUGGGUCAGAAUCCGUGGCUCCCCUUAUUGAUUCUUAUUCGAGUUUUAAUUUUUUGGGAAUCAGACAAGGGGAUAUAAUAUUAGAAAUUGAAAAUCAAAAUAUUUGUGGCUAUAGAAAAUCUGAUGUGAUGGAAUACCUUAGAUACAUCAAUAAAGAUAAAAAUAAUAUCACUAUGAAAUUUGUUGAAAAAGACUCGGGAUUUCCGCAGGAACUUCAUACUUUCUUAUCCCAAAUAUUCGCCAUUGGUUCCCAAGAACGUCUUCUCCAACAGCAGAUACGCGAGAAUUUGUACCUGAGGACCGUACCUUGCACUACCCGACAACCGAGACCCGGCGAAAUUAACGGCCUAGAUUACAUUUUCUUAUCGCUCGACGAAUUUUGUCAUUUGCAAAAAUCCGGGCAGCUCAUCGAAUACGGAGUCUACGACGGAAACUUGUACGGCACUCCUUUGCCCGCUUCGCCCAAUUCGCCCCUUAAACUUUCCACUACUCGUUCCACUUCCUCCACGCCGCCUUCGCUAACCAAAAAUGGGGGACACUCUCCCCUGCGAAUCGAGAUACCUACUCCAAACUCCGCUUCCCUGACACCCUCGAAUACCAUCAAAAAAGACCAUAUUCAAUCCGUUAAUUUUCCUUACGAUAAAGCUAACGGGGGAUCCUCCUCUUCUCAAAAUUCGAAAGAAAGCUUGAACUCCAGGGGCAAUUCUUCUUCCCUCUCCCUGACCGUCAAUCCAACCAUAACGACCUCUUACCUCCCUAAGGUAUCGACCGGUAACGGCGAAAAUAGGAACGGCGCCAAAGUCAUCGAAAAUGGCGUGAAAAAUAAGGGCUCUAAGGGCCCUCAGGAACAUCGUGAUAAACGAAAUUCCGUCGUUUCCGACCAAACCCUGAAUUCUAUCAAUUCGCUGAACAGCGUCAACAGCCCCGUCAAUUACUCGGGCGGCCCCGUAAAUGGCGAAAAUAAUGUCCCCAAGUGCGGUCCUAAUCGUGACAACAUUACCGAGGGCAAAAAGUAUUUCAACUAUGGCGACUAUAAUAGCGACGAUAAGGCGACCCCGAAUAACCGAAAUGGUCUCAAGAAAAAUGCUAAUUAUUCUAGCGAGGAUGGGAGUUCCGAUGUUAGCUUCAAAUACGGGUCUCUCGGAGGGGGCAAUAUGCCCUAUCAUCAGGCUUACCAACCCUUGACCAUAGGCCACCAACCAAAUUCUUCUUCCGCUUCCGCCAUGCCGAUAGAAACAAAUAACUUAUACCAUGGCAUUUCCGGGGUUGCUAGGCUGGAUAAGUCGAAAUCCUCAUCAUCGGAUAAAAUCUCGGAUGGGAACAGAAAAGGAGGAAACGUCGUCAAAAUUCGAGAUGCCAAAUGCGGAAUCAAUGGCUAUUCCACGUUGAGACAUAAUCCCGAAUCUUUGUCAAUGUUCAAAUUCACCAAAGAUCCCAAUGAUUUGAGCCAAUCGUACGGCGGUAAUCUUUUGGGCUUUUAUCUGACCAAAGGUGAGAAGGGCUUUGGGUUCACAAUACUCGGUCAUUCGGACAGGGACAAGGAUUACCUGUUUGUCAACAAGAUCUUACCCGAAUCGCCAGCAUUUUACGACGGGAAUUUGGAGAAAGGCGACAUACUGGUCUACGUAAAUUCCGUUAACGUUUUAGGCCAUUCUCAUUCCGAUAUAUUGGAUCUAUUUAAAUCUUUUCAACCAGAGAGUGUCGUUCACAUCAUAAUUUGCAGGGGUAUCAAGUUGCGACUACCCCCCGGCAUUUUCGAUACAGCCAACACUAUCGAUCCCGCAAAAAAAUGGGCCAAUCGCAAAAGCGAUAAUUAUUAUUCCCGAACCCUGCCACAUAAAUUUAAAAUUUCGAACCACGAAAAAUCUAAGUCCGAUCAGAGAAUACACGAUUCGUCGAAUUCGAACGCGAAGUUUAUUUCUAAUAAUUUUAAUCGCCCGCCAGACGGUAAAGGCAAUUAUAUCGCCAUUACUCGCGAAGAGGGAUCUAAAGUGUUACCUAACGUCGAUUACCUUCCCCGCUUCCCGUCCGCCAAAUCAUUUUCUUCCCUCAAAAACGGCUAUCAAAAUACGAAUAAAAAUACCCCGAACGGUUUUUUAUAUUCACACACACCCGUAAAAGUUGCUUCAGCUAAUCGUCGAGAUGGCGACCACGCGCGUAAGGCCGCUAUAAAUUCCUGUAACGGGGACGAUAAAGUGAGGAUAGUCGCGGGCGAUUUUGAAAGGAUACGCGAUUUUCGUAUACAUAACGAUCUAUCAGCUGGAGGCCAAUCUAAUGAUCGUUUAGUUAACGGUAAUACGAAAAAGCAGAAAGACGAAAUAAUAUCCUGCCACCUGACUCGUUCAACUCUGAAUGACGGCUUUGGGUUCAUCAUAUUGUCGUCCCUGGAUGGGAAAUCUGGAUCUUAUAUAAAUAAAAUCAUAGAUGAUAGCCCUGCUGAUAAAUGUCCUCUUUUAAGAGUUGGUCAAAAGAUCUUGGCCAUAAACGGAAUAGAUGUCAGGAGCACGGCUGAUUCAGAAACCAAAAGUGUCGGGCAAAAUAAUUCGUCGUCCUCCUUAUCCCAUUUUACGCACCAGCAAAUAGUGGAAUUAAUCAAAAGAUCUGGCCUUUCUUUGCACUUGAUACUUAAAAAUUCGGUCUGUAACGAAGAUCAACCCUCUUAUUCCAAUGGGAAAACGAAAGAUAUCAACCAUAGCAAGAACACUCUCAAGUCGGCCAAUGACUACUAUGAUAACCCUAAAUCACCUUUAGCAUACCAAUUCCCGUCAUCCGCGUCACUCCUUAAGCAUAGUGAUCUGGGUUCAAGCGUUAAAAGCCCGAAUAACAGCGGCUCUUCCACUGAUUCACCCCAAAACUACCCUACGUUCGACGAGUACCAUCGAAUUAUAGGAAAUCAUAACAAUAAAAAUUAUAACAAAACUUACACCAUUAACCGCAACCACAAUUCGUCGGCGAUAAACGCCUUUGACCCGUGUUCUCCCAUAAAGAUAGAGCUAUACAAAGGAACGCGGGGCUUUGGAUUUAGUAUUAGAGGGGGUGCGGAAUUCGAAAACAUGCCCCUAUACGUCUACGGUAUCGCUGAUUCAGGUCCAGCAGAUAAAGAUGGCAAAUUGAAGGUCGGCGACGAAAUACUAGAGAUUAACGGGAUCAAGACCCAUAUGUUAUCCCAUUGCCAAGCCCUGGAACUCAUCAAAAGUUGGGAACACAUGGUCAGGCUCGUGGUUUGCAGACCCCCACCACGAAACAACUCUCGACAAGAUUUUUCAAACUCAUUUGGCGGGCACUCGUUCUCCGGGGGUUACGAUGGCCCCCGCCAUAACGUCAAUAACACCGAUAUCGAUAGCCUAAACUCGAUUUCUCCCCUGUACCUGCUCAAUAACACAGCCUAAGAAUACAUAUUAUAUAUUUUUGAAUAAUUUUUUUUUUUAUUAUUACAGAUUCGAAUUUUAAAUGCGAAAAGAUAAAAGGCCAUUUUUGUUGUAAAUAUAUUAUAAGACUUGUAACCUUAUUUUUUUUCCGAGUUGUGAAAAGUUAUCAUUUGAGCAUUACAGCAAUGUUCAAGUAUUUAUAUAGUAUUUUUUUUGUAAUGAUAUCUUUGCGAAGUUAUAUUGAUAUCCCUUUAUAUCUAAUGAACCAAAUACUAUAAUUUCAAAUAUUUAUCUUGAAAUCCUUUAUUGAUUGUCUUAAAUAUUGAUAUAUUUUUAUCUAUAAAAACAAAGUUCGACGUUUUGGCAACAAACUAAACGCGCUAAUUUUAACAUUCCAUUACUUACAAAAUGUUAUCUCAUUUCCUUUAUUUUUUUGAUAUCUUUUUUAUUUUAAAAAAGAAUAGACAAUUUCAAUCUUAUAUUUAUUCUCUUUAUUCUUUUUUUUCUAAUUUAUUUAUUCGCUUUCUUUUCUUUCAUAUAUUUGUAAUUCAUUUUUUUUAAAACUAUAUUUUAUUAUUUAUUGUCAAUGAUUAAACAAUCCCUAUUAAAAUUUAAUUUAUUCUUUUUCCAACGAAGUUUUAAGGUCUCGACUAGACGUUAGCACCCUAAACUUAUAUUAUUUAGCAACAAAAAAUGGAAUUUAUGGAGGAAGGGGGUGGAGUGGGUAAGGAAGGGUGCAACGCAUUGUCAUAAAUAUCCCUCUUUUUUUUAUCAACAAGAAGUUUUUGACUGUUAUCAUUUGGCAUCAUUCCUAUUUUUGUUUCUAAUAUCUAUCUUCUAUCUCUUUUUAUUUUUGAUAUACAAAAUAAUAAUAAUAUUUAAAGCGUAUUUAUAAAAUU